CGCUGCCGGCCGGACGGGCGUAGGUCCCGCCGCCUCCGCCUCUCUCCCGCCGCGGAUCCCGUGCCUCCGCGUCCUUGCCCGGCAUGUCGGCGGCCGUGGCGUGUGUGGAUUACUUUGCCGCCGACGUGCUCAUGGCCAUCUCUUCGGGAGCCGUGGUGCAUCGCGGGCGACCCGGCCCCGAGGGCGCGGGCCCCGCUGCCGGCCUGGAUGUGCGCGCCACGCGCCGCGAGGCCACGCCGCCGGGGACCCCUGGGGCACCGCCACCGCCAGCCACCGCUCCGGGGUCGGGAGGCGCCACCGCUGCGCCCCACCUGCUGGCCGCCAGCAUCCUGGCCGAUCUGAGAGGCGGGCCGGGAGUCGCCACAGCAGCCAACACCGCGGGGGGCACCUCUCCGGUCUCCUCCUCCUCGGCCGCUUCGUCUCCGUCUUCGGGCCGCGCCCCCGGCGCGGCCAAGAGCCACCGCUGUCCCUUCCCAGGCUGCGCCAAAGCCUAUUACAAGUCUUCGCACCUCAAGUCACACCUGCGGACUCACACAGGUGAGCGGCCCUUUGCCUGUGAUUGGCCUGGCUGUGACAAGAAGUUCGCCCGUUCCGAUGAGCUGGCCCGCCACCACCGGACGCACACAGGCGAGAAGCGCUUCCCCUGUCCCCUGUGUACCAAGCGCUUCACCCGCAGCGACCACCUGACCAAGCACGCCCGGCGGCAUCCUGGCUUCCGCCCGGAACUACUGCGACGACCUGGUGCCCGCAGCGCCUCGCCCAGCGACUCGCUGCCCUGCAGCUUGGCUGGCAGCCCCACACCUAGCCCUGUCCCCAGCCCAGCUCCGGCCGGCUUGUAGAGCCCUGACCUGUCCACCCUGAGUGGCCUGCUUGCCAGGCCUCAGCAGGGAUUUCCGUCGAGGAUGUCUGUCCUCUGGAGAGCCUGUCCGGGAGUUCCAGCCCACCUCAAGGAAGCAGCGAGGGGACCAAGAAUGGACUUGGGUCACCUGGGGGGCUUGGGAGGUGGCUGGCCUCAGGUUCUGUCUGUAAAUAGCCAUGGUUAACUGUCUUGUCCCCUCUGCAGGGACCCCCAAAUGGGCAGUUGGCAGGUCCUCCUUACCCCUUCUGCCACCCUCUGCUUUCCCUGCUGGGUGGCACCGGGCAUGAAGCCCAGUCCCACUCCUCGUCUUCAGCCCCCUAGUCACCCCUCCAGGUUGGGACACAGGUACACAGAGCCAUAGGUGACUGGGGCUUCCCAUGGGCCCCGACCUGUCCCCGCUCCACUGAAAGCCAUUGGCGGAAGUUCAGGGAAAUGGGGGGGUGUGCAGCCUGGCUGACCCCCUUCCAUGGGUACUCAAAUCUCAGGUGUCCAUAGGUUCUGCCCUCAAUAAGGGCCCCCCGACUCCCAGCCCCAGGGGUACAGGAGGUGCCACAGUUUUCAGAGAACUUAGGGCUGUGGGGUGCAGGUGGAGGCCCCCUCAGAGCAGCACCACUCACUCAGCUCGGGUGUGGUGCUGGGCAGGUGGUAAAGAAAUUAUUUAUUGUCCUCUCUGACUGCUGGUAUGGGGGCCUGGCUCUCCUAUCUGGGUGUGCAUAUGUGUGAGAGAGACAGUGGGUGUCUGGUGCCUGGGGCUUAGCCUCCCUUCUCCCACUGGGUUAGGGUCCCUGAGUUUGGCCUUUGUGGCAAUGCGUCUCAGACAAUCUUCUGUAGGACCCCUGUGGCCAUUGGGCUACAGAUAUAGGGCUCUGGCCUUUGUGUGCUCUUCACUCUUGGGUGUCUGCAGAGGGUGGCCUUGGACUCCAGGAUUGGGAACGGGGCAUCCAGCCCCUGGGCCUUCUGGGGUAGCUCGGGUUUCUUUUUGCACAUGAUAGACUUUUUUUCAGGCUCGAGUUCCAUGUUCAGUGGGGUCCCCUUGUGUGGCCAUCAUCCUCAGGGGUAUGAGUGGGGGGAGGUCUCAGAAGUGUCCCCAGUAGGGUCCUCUCCUACUGCAGUUUGGAGAUCUUUUCUAGAAAGGCAAUUAGGGGCUCUCCUCCACACACACCAAGGAGUUGGGGACACAGAAAGUCGAGCUGCCCUGUGUUGGCUGUGGGAGGUUACUGGCAUUUCAGAACCUUCCAAAAUGCAAUGAGGGAGGCUUUGGGUAUUGCUACCUUUACCUGAGCCUGCGUGGAGGGAGGUCACCCUUCUGGAGCUGGGCUCGAAGGGUCCUGGGCCAGCUCCCCUCCCAGGAACUUCCAUUGGCCCCACAGAAAUGAGAUGCCUUAGUUUGCGGGGUGGGUCGGGGGCUGGGGCCCCAUUCUUUUUGUGUCUUUUGGAUGUAUCUUGCUUCAUCCCAGCUCCUGCUGGUCUGUCCCUCCUGUAACCGGGAAAGGUCUGGUCUUUGGCAGUUAACUCCAUAAGCAACCAGAGUUUUGUCCUGGUGUCCUUUCCCUCCCCCCUAACUUCAGGUUCUGAUUGAUAACUGGGACUUGGGUCUAACCAUUGAAGGGUGAUGUCUGCAGGGCAGGCAGGACAAGGGUCCUAAGGGAUUUGUUUGUUCUUUCUGUAGGGGGCACCUCUCCGACAUUCCGCCUGGCCUCUCACCCAUGUAUUUAAUUAAAGAAGCCCUUUUUAAAAA